GGGACGACACGAGUCGAGGCGAGUCGAGUCUCUCUGGCAGUGGUGCGCGGGCCUUCGUGGCGCGAGUACGUGCACGCUCCUCCCUUGAACCGCUUCCGGAACAAGCGUGCCCCGUCGUCAGUUCGAUUUCCGCGAGUGCGCGAGAUCGCGGCCCGAUCCAGAAACUCUCGAUCCAAACGAGGACGAUUUUUCGUGUGACACGUGAUUUCCGUCGAUCUUGUUGCGUCCAGCGUUCCACCGCUCCUUCGGCGAGAUCCUCUCGAUAGAUCGAUUCCAGUGCCAUUCUGCGGGGGUGACAGGUGCGCGAUAUCCCCCUCGUCCACCAUGCCGGGAGGCCAUUAGUCAGGGUCAAUGGCGAAGAGGGUUCCGUGCCGGCGUAGACCCUGAAACGUCCUCGGCCCGAGCCGAAGCGAAGGCUGCCACCGUGGGACGUUUCGAGGCGGGUGACGAAGUCGGGCAACGGGCGAGAAGAAUCGGAGACGAGAAGGUGGCUCCGGUGCCAAGAAGAUGCGGGCGUUCGCGUGGCCUGGCAGCGUGACUCGCGUGACCCUCACGAGCGAUGAAUCGGCGGUCAGCGAUGUUGGCUCACGCGGACCCGAGAAGAGUGGUAGCAGAAAGAGUAGCAGCAGCAGCGGCAUCAUCGGCGGCAGCGGUAGCGGUAGCAGCGAGCAGCACCGAUUGGUCGGCGAGAAAGAGGGCGCGGGGAAUCCCAUCGGCACCAUCGGCUGGGCAUGUACGUCAUCUACCCGGCGGACGAGCUGCUGCGUUUCUAUGAGAAUCCCGACCGUGAUCUCAGCUCGGUGUUGACUGACGAGCGCCGGGCUAGCUGUCGGAUCCAGUUGAUCGCCGUCAGCGAGAGAUCCGAGCGAAUCGAGAAGGAUCGCAAGACGAAGAAGAAGAGGAGGAGCGGCGAACGAGCCGCGACACGUAGAACAGGCGCCCGACGCGGCAGCGGCGCUCGGAAUCGCGAGAACAAGGACACUCGUCCCCGGGACGCCAGGACUAUGCAAAACAGCCGGGGCGCCGGCGACGACGCCGCCAAUCCUUUGAAGGACCUCACGCAGCCCGGGCUCAACGAGCCCCUCAAGCAGCACAAUGCCGCCACGCUCAAGCUCGUCCAAACUGUGUCGGAGUUCACAGAGAUGUUGGGUACCAUCAUGGAGGACCACUCCGCGAACGUCCAACGUUUGGUGGACAAAUUCCGGAGCAGGUCCGAGGACACGAGGCUCGACACAGGAGGCGUGCGACGUGUUUGGGAGAACCUGUUGCGUCAGGUGGAGGCUGAUGCGUUAGCUCACCUGGACUUCGCCAAGGUUCUCCAACAGCAACUCUCUAGGCCCACCUUGGAAGCGAGUUUCCACAGGAAGCUUCAGUCUAGGAANCGCUUGCAUGUUUACUUAGUGAACUGA